AUGGGCCUGCACCCAAGCGAGAACAUCAAUGGGUGCAAUAAAGCCAUAAAAAAGAAUUCUUCCGUUCUGAUUAUUUACUUCCUUGUUGGAAUAUUUCUGACGAUCGAAAUCCUAGAUGAACUGGUAGAGCCAGGUUCUGAGAAUAUGGAUGUCUGUAACAAAGAAGAAGUGGUUUCUAGAAUGAAGGCAGCUGUUGCCAGCAAGCAGUUUGGACAAGAACAUAUCUUAUCCUCACUUGUUGCCGAUGCAUGCAUACAAGUAUGCCCCAAGAACCCAGCAAACUUUAAUGUGGAUAACGUAUGUGUUGCAAAGAUUGUGGGUGGGGGUUUGCAUAACUGUACAGUAGUUCGAGGUAUGGUGUUGAAAAUUGAUGUUGUGGGGAGUAUAAAGCGAAUGGAGAAGGCCAAGGUUGCUGUGUUUGCUAGUGGUGUUGAUACCUCUGCAACUGAGACCAAAGGAACUGUCCUAAUUCAUACUGCUGAUCAGGUCACUGUUGUGAAGAAUGAAGAAGGUGAUGACCUGGAAAGAGCAGUUGAUGAUGGAGUGAACACCUACAAGAUGUCCAAAACGUUGGAAUUAAUAUCUUACUGUCGUAAUGCAUUUCAUUUUCAUGCAAUGUGCAAGGAUAGCCGCAUUGUUCCUGGAGAAGCAGCUACUGAAAUUGAGUUAGCUAAGAGAGUAAAGGAAUUCUCUUUUACAGAAACGGGUAGUGCAAUAGCAAAAUUUUCCGAAAGCUUCGAGAUGGUGCCUAAAACGCUAGCUGAAAAUGUUGGGCUUAAUGCAAUGGAGAUCAUAUCUUCUCUAUAUGUUGAACAUGCACCAGGAAAUACCAAAUUUGGCCUCGACUUGGAGGAAGGCAGUUGCAAAGAUGUGUCAACUCUUAAUAUUUGGGACCUCCACAUAACUAAGUUCUUUGCUCUCAAGUAUGCUGCAGAUGCUGCCUGCACUGUUCUACGGGUAGAUCAGUACCCAAAUUUGGUAUGA